AUGGUAGGUAUUGUGGGUAUCGACUUAUCUGGCAACUCUCUUUCACAAGAGAUUCCAAAUGGGCUCACAACCCUUCUUGGACUGAGGUAUCUGAACUUAUCAGGAAAUCAUUUGUUAGGCUGCAUUCCCGAAGACAUUGGCAAUCUAGUACUGCUGGAAUCCUUGGACCUUUCUCUGAACCGACUCUCGGGAGAAAUUCCUCCAAGCUUUGCAGGUUUGAAGAGCAUAACCGCUCUGAACCUCUCGAGUAAUAAUUUAUCGGGGUUGAUACCUAUGAGCGACCAGCUGCGAACGCUCCCAGAUCCAUCCAUAUACAGCAACAAUCCAGGGUUAUAUGGUUUCCCCUUGGAGGGCUGUGUAGACUCGUCGACAUCGACGCAAAGCGGAAUGAGCCAGGCUGAAGACAGCAGGGAGGCAUUGUGGCUGUAUUGCUUUGUGGCUGCUGGGUUCAUCUUUGGGUUCUGGCUGUACUGCGGCAUGUUCUGGUUUUACAGCGAGACCUGGAGGUGUGCAUUCUAUCAGUAUGUCGACAACAUGCAAGGGAAGGUAACCAAGAAGAUGUAUAGCUGCAUGUCAUACUUCCAGGCCAAGGUCCAUGAAUGA